UAAUGCACUAUAUAAUUUCAAGUUCAAACAGUAACUGAAAUAAAAUGGAUUCUACUCCGUCGAAAAAUAAAGCCAUGAGUAAAGACGAAAUCCAUUGUCUUGUGGAAUUAGUAGAGGCAAACAAAAUUAUCAUAAGUAAAGAGGCGAAUGCCUCUACGAAUAGACUUAAAGAUGGCACAAUCCCCAGGCAAAAAGAUCAAUUGAAGUCCAAGUGGGACAAUUUAAAAAAGGCAGCUCCUAAAAGAGCCCAACAAAUAAGAAUGAACCAUUUAAAGACUGGUGGUGGAAAGCCCGACUACACACCGCCGGAUGAAACUUUAAGUAGAGUCCUUAUUGGGUUCAACAUGUAA